CAUGGCGCAGCCACCUCCGCCGCCACGCCCAAACGGCGGCGCCGUGGGCACCGGCGCGGGCCUGCGCAGCAUCAAGCAGCUCGGGCGGCCCAGCACCAUCUUCUACGGAUGGACGGCCCUCGUCUUCCUCGCCGGCUUCGGCUACUUCAGCGUCAAGAGCAGCAACGCGGAGAAGCGCCGCGUGUACGACGAGCGCGAGCGGCAGCGCGCGGCCGCCAUUGCCAGUGGCCGGCUGCCGCCUGACGAGCGGCCGGCGCGGCGGCGACAUGCGGAUCGCUUGACAUGACAGGGCAGAGGGGGGCGAAAUGACGACGCACUGCUGAGCUGUACAGAGAGAGGCAAGCUGACGCCGCCGUCGUCCGCGCGCGUGUGUGAGCACGCCUGCGUGCCUGCCGGCGCAUGCCACGCGCGCACCAGCGUUUGAUGUCCCUGAUGCGCUGUGCCUUGGC